AUGGAAGCGUGGAUCUUGGCGCCAAGCCGGAACAUCAUCGGCACAGAAACUUCGCACACGGAUUUUCGUCAAAGCGAUCUGGUAGUCAACCGCCGAUUCAAGACAAGUAACGACUUCCUCGCCUUUAACCCAUUCCAUUGCCUAUUCAAUACCGUCGCAAUGGCAGGCGUUAGACUUCAAUAUCGCCGCCGAAACCCUUACAACACCUCCUCCAACAACGUCCGAGUCAUCAAGACCCCUGGUGGGAAACUUCGUCUCCUGCACAUCAAGAAGCGCGGCACAGCCCCCAAAUGCGGUGACUGCGGCAUCAAAUUACCAGGUGUCCCUGCCCUCCGGCCACGAGAGUAUGCCACCACUAGCAGACCCAAGAAGACUGUUCAGCGAGCAUACGGCGGCUCAAGAUGCGCCAACUGUGUACGGGAUCGGAUCGUCCGCGCUUUCUUGAUCGAGGAGCAGAAGAUUGUGAAGAAGGUGCUGAAGGAGACGCAAGAGAAGAAGACGGGGAAGAAAUAG